UAAUGAAGAUAAUUCAAAUGAUGGAACCCAGCCAUCCAAAAGGAGACGGAUGGGCUCAGGAGAUAGUUCUAGGAGUUGUGAGACUUCAAGUCAGGAUCUCAGCUUUAGCUACUACCCAGCAGAGAAUCUGAUAGAAUACAAAUGGCCCCCUGAUGAGACGGGAGAGUACUAUAUGCUUCAAGAACAAGUCAGCGAGUACUUGGGUGUGACCUCCUUCAAACGGAAAUACCCAGAUUUAGAGCGACGAGAUCUGUCCCACAAGGAGAAACUCUACCUGAGAGAGUUAAAUGUCAUUACAGAGACUCAGUGCACCCUGGGUCUGACGGCACUGCGCAGCGAUGAGGUGAUCGACCUGAUGAUCAAGGAAUACCCAGGCAAGCAUGCCGAGUACUCGGUCAUCCUGCAGGAGAAGGAGCGCCAGCGGAUCACCGACCACUACAAGGAGUACUCGCAAAUGCAACAACAGAAUACUCAGAAGGUUGAAGCCAGCAAGGUGCCAGAGUACAUUAAGAAAGCUGCCAGGAAGGCUGCAGAGUUUAACAGCAACCUGAACCGGGAGCGCAUGGAAGAGAGGAGAGCCUACUUCGACCUGCAGACACAUGUCAUCCAGGUGCCUCAAGGGAAGUACAAAGUGUUGUCUACAGAGAGGACCAAGGUUAGUUCCUACCCAGUGGCCCUCAUCCCCGGACAGUUCCAGGAAUAUUACAAAAGAUACUCGCCAGAUGAGCUGCGGUACUUGCCACUGAACACGGCACUAUAUGAGCCCCCCCUGGACCCUGAGCUCCCUGCUCUGGACAGUGACGGCGACUCGGACGACGCCGAGGAUGGGCGCGGUGAUGAGAAACGCAGGAGUAAAGGUGCUUCGGACAGCUCCUCUGGUGAUGCUGCCUCCGAUGGUGAGACCUCUCCACAUGGCCCAGAGGACUCCCCACAGGGAAGACCCAAGUCUAAAGACAAAGCUGCUACGCCAAGGAAAGAUGGUUCCAAACGCUCUGUACUGUCCAAAUCCGUUCCCGGGUACAAGCCAAAGGUCAUUCCAAAUGCUCUAUGUGGGAUUUGUCUGAAGGGUCAGGAGUCCAACAAGAAGGGAAAGGCUGAACCCCUUAUACACUGCUCCCAGUGUGACAACAGUGGCCAUCCUUCUUGCCUGGAUAUGACCCUGGAGCUUGUUUCUAUGAUUAAGACCUACCCAUGGCAGUGUAUGGAAUGUAAAACAUGCAUCAUAUGUGGACAGCCCCACCAUGAGGAAGAAAUGAUGUUCUGUGAUGUGUGUGACAGAGGUUACCAUACUUUCUGUGUGGGUCUUGGUGCUAUCCCAUCAGGUCGCUGGAUUUGUGACUGUUGUCAGCGAGCUCCCCCAACUCCCAGGAAAGUGGGCAGAAGGGGAAAAAGCAGCAAAGAGGGAUAAACUGGGUUUUGACCUCAACAUUGUAAUGUGCAUUUAUGUGAAAUAUUUGGUGCCAACUUACAUUCUCAUUUUUAUGCCAAUAAAACAUCUUUUGAAAUUA